AUGAACGGAAUUUUUGCAAUUGAAAAGCCCAGCGGAAUUUCAUCGAGCCAGUUUCUGCUAAAGCUGCAAAAUGUACUGAUGAACAGUACAGUAUUCUCUAAAGAAAUACAACGGGCUACCGCGGAAAGGAUGCAGCAAUUUCAGCGGGAAACGGGGAAGGUACCAAGCAAAAGGAAAUUGCGCAAAGUUUCCAAAGUGAAAAUGGGCCAUGGUGGGACUCUGGAUCCUUUGGCCUCAGGUGUGCUGGUCGUCGGAGUUGGGACCGGGACCAAAAAGUUAGGACAGUAUCUCUCAGGCACCGUCAAAGUCUACGAGAGUGAGGCGCUUUUCGGGGUUUCUACGACUUCGGGAGAUGUAGAGGGAGAAAUCUUGUCAAUGCAUGCGGUUGAUCACUUAACAAUGGCAGAACUCAAAACCAUGGAAAAAAAACUUGUGGGUACUCUGAAACAAACGCCUCCAAUUUUCGCAGCUCUCAAGAUGAACGGGAAGCCUCUCCAUCAAUACGCGCGCGAAGGCUUGCCUCUUCCCCGUGCUAUAGAACCCAGACAGGUUGAAAUACACAGUUUGGAGGUUUUCCCGGAUUCACUGAGCACAGACCACAGUUAUCAACUUCUGAGACCCACCACCAAGGAAAGUGAGGAAACUGUGUCUGGUUUAAGUCAUCAAAGUAAUUUAUUGACUGAUACGCUGUAUUUUUCUAAACAGUACUGCGACUCGCAAGGUUGGGAAACAGAGGAUGCUCGCGUAGAGUCGCCUUUGGUUUUGAGCGCCGAACAAAUGCAUGAUUUGGUGCAGAAAGGUGAUGAGUAUCGUGCUCCUCUGUUACACUUCAAGGCUAAAGUUUCGUCGGGAACCUAUAUCAGAUCGCUGAUCAGCGACAUAGGCAAAGCAAUGCGUUCUUCGUCGUACAUGGUCAAACUGGUUCGAUGCCAACAGCAGGACUGGGCUCUUGACAAGCAAAAUGUUUUCAAGAUGGAAGAUUUCACCGAGAACGAUGAAGCAGUGUGGACAGAAGUACUGGAGAAAGUUUUAGACAAAGGUUCUGCAGUUGAUAUCAAAGAAGAAAUGGUACAAGCUCAGAGAAAGAUCAAUAAUCUCCAGCAAGAGCUGAAUGCACAAGCGCAACGGGAUCUAACGGCUGACGGUACUAUUUCAGAACCUGCCAAGAAAGAAGAAGCCUCAGGUGCUGGCACGAAGCGAACCCUAGACGACGAAGGCGAAAAAAAUCUCCCAUGA